UGCCCUCCCCCAGGAGAGGAGCAGAAGCCAGCUCCAAAAGGGAAUGACCUCUGGGCUCCUGGUGGCCCCCAACUCCCUGGCAACACUGACGUUCCAAGAUGUGGCCGUGGCCUUCAGCCAGGAGGAAUGGAGAUGCCUGGACCCAGUUCAGAAGAGCCUGUACCGGGAGGUGAUGCUGGAGAAUUAUCGGCACCUGGUCUUUCUGGGGCUUCCAGUUUCCAAACCAGAACUGAUUUCCCAGCUGGAGUGUGGGGAAGGCCCGUGGAUGCUGCUGGAGGAAGAGCUAAGAAGCCACUGUCCAGACCAGAACAGUAGUCCAGAGACCAAGAAGACAAUUUUAAAGCAGGUCAUUUUUGUGGAAAAAUCAUCCCAGGAAAGACUCUCAAGAGAUCACCCCAAAGACUUUAAGUUUGGAAAAAUUGGUGGCUAUGGCCAGAGAUUUAACAGGCAUAAGAGAAAGCAGAAGAGAACCUUAAGCAAUAAAUCAUCCCUUAUUCUACAUCGCCGAUUUCAUACUGGAGAGAAACCAUAUAAAUGUUAUGAAUGUGGAAAAGGCUUUACCAAUAGCUCAGUCCUGAUUGUACAUCAAAGAAUUCACACUGGAACCAAACCCUAUAAAUGUCAUUACUGUGGAAAGGCCUUCCUUCAGUACAUAGGGCUUGUGGUACAUCAGAGAAUUCAUACUGGAGAGAAACCUUAUAAAUGCCACAUAUGUGAAAAAGCCUUCAGCCAGAGUGGGCAUCUUAGUGAACAUCAGAAAAGUCACAAUGGAGAAAAACCCUAUGAAUGUAAUGAGUGUGGGAGAGCCUUUAGUAAUACCUCAUCCCUUAUUUUGCAUCACAGAAUUCAUACUGGAGAAAAACCCUAUAAAUGUAAUGACUGUGGCAAAGCCUUUAGCAACAGCUCGGUUCUUACUGUACAUCAAAGAAUUCAUACAGGAUCAAAACCCUAUAAAUGUCUUGAAUGUGGAAAGGCCUUCCUCCAGUCUUUCACCCAGAGAGGACACCUUACUGAACAUCGGAGAACUCAUAGUGGGGAGAAACCAUAUACAUGUAAUGAAUGUGGUAAAGCUUUUAGCAAUCACUCACACCUCACUCUCCAUCACAGAAUCCAUACUGGAGAGAAGCCCUAUAAAUGUAGUGAGUGUGGAAAAGCUUUCAGUCAAAGGGGUCACCUCACUGAACACCAAAGAAUUCAUACUGGGGAGAAGCCUUACAAAUGUAAUGAAUGUAGCAAAGCUUUCAGCAGUCGGUCACGACUUACACUACAUCAUAGAAUUCAUACUACAGAUAAACCCCGUAAACACCGUGAACAUCGAAAGACUCGUGUUGUGGACCUUCCUCAGUGUCAGAGGAUUAAAACUGGGGGGAAAUGUUACAAAUGUACUGAAUGUAGUAAAACCUUCCAAAGCAGCUCUUCCCUAGCUCUUCAUCAAAGGAUUCAUAGUGGAGAAAAGCCUUAUGAAUGUAGCGAAUGUGGAAAAGCUUUUCGCCGGAGAAUAUAUCUUACUAAACACCAGAGACUUCAUAAUGGAGUGAACACUUAUAAAUGCAGUUCAUGUGUACAUGACGAUUACCUCAAGUGGUCGGGUUACUUCCUGGAGGAGCUGCAUGAUUUUGGACUUGUAUUUCAUGGGGGAGUCCUUAGUGGUAAGGAGCUGCCUCUCCUUACAUAUGGUACCCUGUGUAUAAAAUAUGGUACUGGCUAA